GGAGGAGGAGGAGGAGGAGGAGGAGGAGGAGAUCUGAGUACCAGUUGGCCUCAGAGUUACAUUGUCAUUACAUUAACGGAAGUCUGAGGCUGAAUCACUAUUACAUCAUGAUAUUGGUUUUGAAACGCUUACUCCUUUCGCUACUACUACUUUCAAAUGACAGAGAAAUUGCUGUUCGGCUUUUCAUGACAAUUUUUCACAGCGAUAUUGUAGCGUCUCACCUAAACUCUCACCAGCAUCAUGAAAAUGUUUUAAAUAAUACUCAAUUAAUUUUAACUAAAAUGUGGUAAAAGUAAUCAAGACAAGGCGCUGAAACGUUUGUGAAUAUGGUUUGAGAAUAUGGUUCCUUUCACAGUGCUUUGCGAUUCCCCUCGUGCAAUGAGUGAGGGGUGUGCAAAGUGAGACUGACGCGGUGGCGCCGCCAGGCACACUCUCAGUACACGAGAGGAGACAAACCAGUUCUUCACCUCCUACACUGGACGAGGCGGCGUCAGGGAACUUGAUGCCGCUAAGAACUGUCGUGGUGCUUUGAACAUACGAGCAGUAAGAGGAGACUGCUUUACUACUCUGUGCAAGUCGGCAUUUUGAUUUAUUCUUAUACAAAAUUAUAAGCGAUGUAAAAUAUAGUUACCUGAGUCACCCAGACGCAACCUGCGGCUACCUUGACGUGACCAGACCUGCCUUAGUGAGCGAGUGAGGUGAGGGUAGCCGUGCUCUUCCCGCCGCCCGCUGCUGCCUCUCGCUUCCGUUGUACAUUAUAAUACCUUAUUAAUUAAAGAGCAACCAGUGUCACGGAACGUCUAUUGUUACAACUUCACCAGAAUAAAUUUCUUACUUCAAUGAAACAAAAGUUCAGCCACCCAUUAACCAGAAUUUUGUCUAAUGCUUCACGUUGCACUUCUUGCUCUUUUUUAUCCUCUCUCUAAUUUAUAGCUGGUAUUUUCUGAUCUUGUGUAAUAUACGUGAAAAAUACUAUGUUUCUCUUACCACGCACUCCCUAGAUAUUACUAAGGGUUACCAAUUAGCCAGGUUUGUGCGUGGUGUGCCAGCAUCAUAUCCUACUUCUGCACUAAGGGCACAUCUCUCACCACUCACAGGAAGGAAACAAUCAACAACACAAAGCAGCGAGGAUCCUGCUCCACAUCAAGCCAGCGCGAUAAGAGGCACACUGGCACCUUUACCCAAGUGGCGCUUCAGCUAAUAUUAGCAUAACACUUCACCUUAGUAGAGGAGUGAUGAAAUUCAUGAGCGUCACAGCUGUGCGUCUAUUCUCAUCACACUCAAUGAGGCUCGAAGUGGGGUGUUGAGAUUCACGAAGCGCCCAGGACCCAAGACACACGCCACUCUGCUCUACGCUGUACCCCGCCACGGUCGCCUUGAUUAGGUUCUCUGGCCAGCAACAAUUUGCGCCUUGUGUUCCUUGCCAUGGGCGUGACCGUGGCACAGGGAAGUAGCACGCCUUCCCCCGCUGAGGAGAAUAGCUGUUCAGGCCUCAAGGACGAUCGCUCCCUUCUGUCCAGUUUACUAACAAUCGAAGGCUAUAGUGACACUUGCAUGGCCGCCGUGGCCUCCUGUAGGACUGGACAAGAGGACAGCCGCCACGCGUCUGUCGUGGAGUUAAGUGUCAAGUCAUACCUCUACCUAACAUUUUGUUAGUUUUCCUGCAAGGUGCGGUAUUAUCAUUAACAAAAUCUUCCAAAUUUAUUAAGGGGUGAUGGUUUUUAUUGAUGUGUUUUAAUCAAGCCGUGAGACUCAUAUCGAAGCGAAGAUUUGUGUUGGGUCUUUAUCAGCGGCAAUGCAGGACGAGCUGCGCCGCCACGUCUGACGUAAACCUGGUCACUUUCAUUGCCCUUCGCUUUACAGGAGGCGAGGGAAGUGGUGCAGCAGGCCAGUACUAUGAAAACAAAUGGGAGUCCACGUUCCUGUAAGGACUUACUGGACUCCGGGGACAGCGGGAGCGGCCUGCGCCAGGUAUACCCUUACCCUAGGCGACCCCACCACAGCGUGCCCGUGUUUUGUGACCACACCGUCGACAGCGGCCGGGGGAUGGACCGUCUUCCAGCGGCGCACCAGUGAUGCCGCCCGCCAAGAUUUCUACCGCACUUGGUUGGAGUAUCAGUUGGGCUUUGGUGACCUGGAGGGCCUUGACCUUCUGCACCAGCUGACCUCCACCACGCUGCAGCAGCUACGAAUUGACCUAGACGAUUACGAGGGAGAACAUCGGUGGGCUAAGUAUGGAUUCUUCCACGUGGGCGCACCAGAGACCAAGUUCCGCCUCAGUGUUGGAAGAUAUGAAGGAGUUUUUUGGUAUGCUGCUUGCCAUAAAGGAAACCUGAACGGCUACCAGUAUGUGGGCAACCACACCUCCUACGCCGAUGGCAUCAACUGGUAUCAUUGGAAAGGCCACCACUACUCAGUGAAGCGAACGUGUAUGAUGAUCCCCCUCGCCUUCUGACUGUGGCUGUGGCAGGCACGGUGGGAGACGUGAACACACGCAUAAACACUGGAAACAGAAUGCGGUUCCAGACCACCACCAACCCUCCAAGCUCCCUCUCUAACGCUACUCUCAGCCUGAGCCCCUCUUUCUCUCCGGAGGGGCUGGCCCCUCACCGCCCGAGUCACUUCGCUGCUUGCCUCUUCACACGGCCAUGAGACGUGCACACCUUGCGUCUCUGCACCGGGUUCCGCGUGAUCAUAGUCAGGUGGUGCUGUUAUGCAUUUUAUUACAAUAUCCUGUGAGUUAAAUACACUCUCAGGUAAAGCCUCCCCUCCGCUAUCUCUCUCUCUCUCUCUCUCUCUCUCUCUCUCUUAUUCACUAAACAACGACCGCUGAUAAUUUUUUUUUUUUACAUUAAAUUGAAAUAAAUCGAUGUGAAGUGUUAAGCACUGCCCAGAGCAGACUUCCAUUACUCCACAAAGUGACAGUGUAAUAAGGACUUUAACAAGAGGGAAGCAAAGUGUCCUGGCUGUGGUGUUGGCGAGGUGCAAGGCGGCUGACUGGCUGCCCCCUCAAGUAGGAGGAGGAGUAUCUGAGUAAGGGAAUCCCAGUUGGACUCACAAAGUUCCAUUGUCAGUGGAUACACGCAGUUCUGAGUCAAACUGAUUGAUAUAUCAUGAUAAGUGACAUAAAACGCUUUGUUCUCUAAUACGGCUAUUUUCAAAGGUCACAAACAUUAUAAUACAGUUUCUCGUCAUUUUUUCCAUUCCUGGUGUAACAUCCCUGUUAGAAUAUCGUUACAACCAUGAGAACACUUUUUAAAAUUGAGAGUAAUCAAGACAAGACGCUGAAAUGUUUUAGAAUAUGGUCCAGUGAUGUGUUCAUUCACAGUGCCUUGGGAUUCCUACGGUGCAGUGAACAUGGGGCGUACAAGGUAAAGCUGACGUGGAGGAGGCGCCAUGCACGCCAUCAUCACAGGAGAGGAAGGAAACCAGCUCUUCUUUUCCUUGCACUGGACGAGGUGGCGUCUGGCGCCUUGAUGCUGCCAGUAAGAAUAGUGCUGUGAGCAUACUGUUCUAUGGCAGUCAGUAUUUUGACAUAGUUGUCAGUCAAUACAAAUGACAAGCAAUGCAAAACAUGGUUACCUGUGUCACCUGGCCACGAUCCAAGGCUGACCUGACCUGACCUGCCCAAGUGAGUGAGAUGAGGGCGGCCGCGCUCUUCCCGCGGCCCACCGCUGCCUAUCGCUACCGUUGUAAAUUACAAUACCUUACUGAAGCUCAACGGGGGACACGAGACGUCUAUUAUUACAACGUCGCCAGAACAAGUUUGUUAUUCUAGUAAAUCAUGAAAAUUAAGCCCAAUACUUCGCGUUACACUUCUUAAAUUCUCCUCCUCUCUUAUUUGAUAGCUGAUAUUUUUCUUUAUCUUGAGUAAUAUAAGCAUUUGAAAAAAAAAAAUCUACCACGCAGUUCUUCCAAAGAGGACUAAGCAUUAUAAAUUCGUCAGCAUAGUGCGUGGUGCGGCAGCAUCAUAUACUACCUCUGCACUGAGGACACAACUCCCACCACUCCACAGCAAAUAAACAUCAACAGUACAGUGCUGCGAGGAUCCUGCUGCAUCUGAUGCCAGCGUGGUGAAGGGCACACUGCCGCCCUUACCCAAGUGGCCCUUCAUGAAAUAUUAUCUCAGACAGCACUUUAUUAAAGGAGUGAUGAAAUUCAUGAGGGCCACAGCUCCGCGUCUAUUCCCGUCACAGUUUACGAGGCUUGAAGUGGCGUGUUGAGGGCCGCGAGGCACCCAGGGCUCAAGACACACGCCACUCUGCUCUACGCCGCAUUCCGCCACGGUCGCGUUGGUUAGGUGUUCUGGCCAGCAAUUGUCUGCGAUGAAGUUUCUUGUGCUCUUCGCCAUGGGCGUGGCCGUGGCCAUGGCAAGCAGCACGCCUCCCACCGCUGAGGGAAACAGCUGUUGAGGCCUC